AUGGUUGUAAUGGUGUUCUCAAAAAAUGGGGAGGUGAAUGGAAAGAAAAAAGCACCUCCAAAACUUCUGAUUACGCUUGUGGAAAAUGCCUACGGCUGCACCAACGAACGGAGCCUCCAAACCAGAACGCGUGGGAUCACCUUUCACAAGUUUCCCAAAUGUAGCGAGCGCCGGAGACAGUGGGAGCGUGCCCUGAGAAGGGAAGGUUUUGUGGCUAAUGACAGAACACUGCUCUGCAGUGAACACUUCAGAAAUGAAGAUUUCGACAGGACAGGGCAGAUUAUCAGAUUGAAAGCUGGAGCUGUUCCAUCUGUCUUCAACUUCCCUGCUCAUCUUCAGAGGCCGGUAGCACCAACAAGCACAAACGCGUCAAGAAAAGCAGGAGAAAACCAGCCCAUGUACCCCGAGCAGGAUCAACCUCCACCUGAUGUUCCACAGCCAUCCACUAGAGAGAGGCAAAGGAGUCGGAAGAGGAAGGCCCCUGACCACCAAUAUGCAAUGCCUUCCUCUCCAAAGGCUCUUAAGGCCAAACUUGAUGCAGCCAUGGCCACAGUGCGUAAAAUGUGGCGGGAAAAGAGCAAUGCCUUGGCAAGGGUAAGGAGGGCCAAGAAGAACAUGAAGGCUCUUCUGGAGGAGCUGAAAGCUAAGAACCUCAUCAAUGAAGAGCUGAAUGACCAAGCAGCAAAGGCAAUGUGACAGCACAGGAUGACACAGAGUCCCUACCUGCUGUUCAGUCCUACCGCAUAGACACAUCUACCAACCUGUUGGCUGUAGAAAUGUCCUCUGCAGAAGGAGAAGAUCUCCCUUCCCCGUUUGCAGACAUUCCUGCCCUUGUACAAGACCACAGCUAUCUUCCCAAGAAGUUUGAUGGUCUUGUGGAAAAUGUGCUUGUGUACAUUUCAGGAUUUGUGGUGUGACGCACACUAAAAAAGCUUUCCUGUGAUGUCUGCCGGGCAAGCCUGUUGAUGGAUGCUGAAUCUGCCAGUAAGGACCAGAGCUACCAUCUGCUGACGCUGAAAAACAAUGGAGGUCUUGUCAUCCCAUCAGCAGGCACCGUGAAGGUCGUCAGGGCAGCAGAGUGGGUUGUUCGGCAGGCAGUAGCAGAUUCCAGGAGAUCGCAACCCAUCAAACUGUUGGAGGUCCUCUACAUGGUGAGGAAGAGGAUAGGUGGAGAGGAUGUGUUUUUGCUCGGGGAGCACAUCACUGACACGCGAUAUGGCAUUGAUAGUCACCACCAUACACUCUUGACUCUGGUUGUGUCCCUCUUCUUCAAGCUAAGGCUGCACCACAUUGCGAAAAUGUCAACGCUUAGCUUGCAGAAAGACAGUGUGAGACAGAAGCUCACAAAAACUGUCCUUUUCAAAGGGCAGUAGCGCAAACUAUUUGUGCACUUAAAGGAUGGGUUUUCAACUGGUGGUCUGUUUAGUUUGCUACUCUUCUUUGAUGUUUGCAUGUGAAUGAGUGGUGUAUGAGUGUGUGCGUGAAUGGGUGAAUGUGGGGCUUUGUAAAGCGCUUUGGGCACCAAGACGGUGUAGAAAAGCGCUAUGUAAGUUCAGACCAUUUAAGAGAGAGGAGGAGAGGGAGGGAGCUGUAUUGAUUAUAUUGUAUUGAUGGAAAGAGUUUUGUGUCCAAUUGUGUCUUAAUGUUUUUUUUUUUUUGUAUAUUUUGUAUAUUUUUUUGUAAGUUUUUUCUAAUUGUGUGCCUUUGGACCUAAGUAAAAAAAAAACAAAGACCCAUCUCUUUUCUCUUUAUUUUACAGAAUGGCAACUUGAGACAGAUUUAUAUUAUACAUAAAUUUACACAUGUAUUCAAUAAUGUUAAUAUUAGUAAUAAACUAAAUUGCACUAUUUCAUGUUUCAUGUACCUUAUAGAUAUUGACAUU